GGGCGGGGCGGCCGCAGAGGCUGGAGCGAGGUGGCGGGAUGCAGCGCCCCGGGCCCUUCAGCACCCUCUACGGGCGGGUCCUGGCCCCACUGCCCGGGCGGGCCGGGGGCGCGGCCUCGGGCGGGGGCGGGAACAGCUGGGGCCUCUCGGGUUCCCACGUGCAACUGCCGGGGCGUGCACAGUCGGAGACCCGCGGCGACAAGGGAGGCUCGAGCGCGGGCGGCCCAGCCCCCUCCACGAUGUCCAAGGCCGAGGAGGCUAAGAAGCUGGCGAGCCACACGGCGGUGGAGAACCAUGUGAAGAAUAACCAAGUGCUGGGAAUUGGAAGUGGUUCUACAAUUGUCCAUGCUGUGCAGCGAAUAGCUGAAAGAGUGAAGCAGGAGAAUCUGGACCUCGUCUGCAUCCCCACGUCAUUCCAGGCCAGACAGCUUAUCUUGCAGUAUGGCUUAACCCUCAGUGACCUGGAUCAGCACCCAGAGAUUGACCUUGCCAUCGAUGGUGCUGAUGAAGUGGAUGCUGAGCUCAAUCUCAUCAAGGGUGGCGGAGGCUGCCUGACGCAGGAGAAGAUUGUGGCUGGUUACGCCAGUCGCUUCAUUGUGAUUGCUGAUUUCAGGAAAGAUUCAAAGAACCUUGGAGAUCGGUGGCACAAGGGGAUCCCGAUUGAGGUCAUCCCAAUGGCCUACGUCCCAGUGAGCCGAGCUGUGACCCAGAAGUUUGGGGGCGAGGUCGAACUCCGAAUGGCUGUCAACAAGGCGGGGCCUGUGGUGACAGACAAUGGGAAUUUUAUCCUGGACUGGAAGUUUGACCGUGUCCACAAAUGGAGUGAAGUGAACACAGCCAUCAAAAUGACUCCAGGUGUGGUGGACACGGGCCUGUUCAUCAACAUGGCGGAGAAAGUCUACUUUGGGAUGCAGGAUGGCUCAGUGAAUGUGAGGGAGAAGCCCUUCUGACCCUGUGAGGAGCAGGGUACUCACCUUGAGUCUCCAGCCCAGGCACAGUGGACAUGCCUCUCCAGGAGCCUUUGCCUUAAUGUACCUUAAUGUAGCUGUCCACAGUGCCAGAGGGACAGCUGGCCAUGGGUGGGUGAGGGGGUGGUCAAAUCCAGUCUUAUGAAGUAUUGCUAUGUGUCUUUUUAAAAAGAAAUUUAAAUAUAUAUUUUUACUAUUAAAAUAUUCAGUUUUUUUAUAAAAUAGAACUUGAUUUUAUGUUUUAUAUGAAACAUUUACCAAAACAAAAAAAAAAUGUAUAAAUAAAAACAGGUGGUCAGGACUGUCUCUGAAAGCAUUGACUUGACUUGCUGGUUCAGCUUCUGAGGUUUUGGAUUUGCUGAGAAAUAACAACCCGACAUUUCCUUAAGCCAGUCGGCAGUGUCUCCUGAUGCCUUAUGGGAAACCUUGUUUACUUUCUUGCCGUACUCUGUCGUUUUGAGGUUGUUUUCAUUGUACCACUCCCAAAUCCUAGUUACGUUUUAAGAUGAGGUUUACACAAGUCUGAGGGGAGCAGCGGGGUUUGUGGUGACUUGGGGAUACACUCCCAGGUGAGAUGCACCUUCUCUGGGACCCUGGCUUUGCUUGGGUCCUGCUGGUGGGAGCACGUGGUGGGAAGCUUUCGCCUGCUGGCAGUGCAUAGCAUGGCGUGAGAUGUGCAGCACUUACUCUUUGUUGUGGAAUCAUUUUCUUUCUGUUAAUAUUGUUUUGUUCCUCUAAUAACACUUGUAUGAUUUGGCAUCAGAAGCUGUCACUUUCCUGUGCUGUUUGAAGGUUGAAAUAAACAUUGUUGUGCCAUUUUGA